AAAAACGGAGGAGGAAACCAGGGAACAAACAGAAACCAACUGAUGCAGAUGCUAAGAACAACACAGGGAGAAAAUCAAGCAUACGAGAAAUAGGGAAAGUUUCUGUUAAGCAAAGAUACGGUACUGUAAAUUUGGACUUCACCCUUCUAGCUUUCCUCUGGACCAGGAUGUUGGCUUUAACAUUUCUUUAUUACUUCAGUUUUCCUUCUUGGGUUUCUACCUCUUCCAUUCAGAAACUGGAUCCAAAGGGAAAAAAUGUCUGCCAGUCACCCAGUGUCUCAAUGGCUCCAUUUUGCUGCUCAGGCUGGAAACAGCAAGGAACUGAAUGCACCAUCCCCAUUUGUGAAGGUGAGAAUGCCUGCAAGAACAAUGAACUGUGUGUGGCUCCAGGAUUCUGCCGUUGUAAACAUGGAUUUUUUGGCGCAAACUGCAUAACACAUUGUCCUAACCAGUACUGGGGACCUGACUGUAAAAACAUGUGUGAAUGUUACCCAACUGGAAAGUGUAACCCUGUCACAGGAGUGUGCACCUGCAUGGCAAACUACUGGGGCACAAACUGCAAAAAUCAUUGUCAGUGUGGAGCACAUGGUCAUUGCAAUCAACAGAAUGGAACCUGUCAAUGUCAACCUGGCUGGUGGGGAUCCAAAUGUCAGAAUCAGUGUUUAUGCAACAUGCCCACUUCCAGAUGUGAUCCUGAUACUGGGCAUUGCCACUGUAGAACAGGAUAUUGGGGCAAGCGGUGUGCCAUUUCAUGUACCUGUCACAUUUCCCCUUGUGACCAGAACACAGGAAGGUGUGAAUGUAAAGAGGGCUGGUGGGGAAGGUACUGCAACCAGACAUGCCACUGUCAGUAUGGGAAAUGCAAUAAAGUUUCUGGGACAUGUGAUUGUAACCCUGGUUUUCAGGGUAUCGCUUGCAAUGAACAGUGCCUGAGUGGUUAUUAUGGGAAACAGUGCAAGCUAAGGUGUGGCCACUGCAAGAAUAAACAGAGCUGUUCCCCAUUGAAUGGAUCCUGUCAUGACUGUGAUCCCGGCUGGAAUGGUACCCUUUGUAACCAGCCCUGUUCGCAAGGGUUCUUUGGAGUGAGUUGUAAUGAUAGCUGCUCUUCUUGUCUGAAUGGAGAGACAUGUAACCCAGUGACAGGGGAAUGUCACGCCUGUGAGCCAGGCUGGUCUGCACCAAGAUGUGACUCUCAUUGUUCUCCUGGAACAUUUGGAUCUGGUUGCCAGCAUAGCUGUUCAGAGUGCUGCCGUGGAAACUGUCAUCAUAUCAGUGGAGAGUGUAUCUGUCAGCCUGGCCUUUGGGGAAAUUGCUGCAAUAUGACCUGUCCUGAGGGAAAAUAUGGUGUGAACUGUUCUUCAGACUGCCAGUGUUUCAGGAGUUCUUGCAAUCCUAAGUCUGGAAUAUGUGAAUACAGUCUGGGUGGUCUCCUUGCAGGGAUUCUUUUUCUCUUGCUGCUGAUUCUGCUGGUGUGUAUCAUUUGCUGCUGUUGUGGAGUGAGCCAGUCAGACACUAAGGACAGGGUUGCAGUUGGAGAUGGCAGUCCAAUGGCAAAGAUGAAAAACCAUGUCCAGGGUGUAAUAGCAACUCUUGCAUCCAAGAUGCCUUGUUUACCUUUGUGGACAUCCAAGCUACCUCUGGUCACAGUUUCACAUCAUGAUGCUGAAUUGAACUUCAACCAUAGCUUCAUCGAGCCUCCCUCUACUGGUUGGGCAUCUGAUGGCUCCUUCUCUUCAUUUGAAUCUGAUGAAGCAGGACCAGUGUAUUGUGUACCACCACAGGAAGGUGUUUUGAGAGUCACAGGAGGGGAAUUUCAGGAAAACAGCUCAAAAUGUAAUAUGUUCCCAGAUAUAGCCUCAUUCAACAGUGAUGAUGUUUCUGAGCCAUUUCCUAUCCCUCGGACAUCUAGCAUGGCUAAAGCAAAGAGGCCUUCAGUUUCCUUUGCAGAAGGAACCAAAUUUGGCCCAGAGGUGUGUCAGACAACUGAAACUCCAAAUGCCUCUCGGAAAUCUAAGACCUCUUGGGCACUCUCCAAACUCUCCAGCAUCCAAUUAGCAUCUACACCUGGAGAGGAACCCCAUAUGUCCAGCCAGUUAUAUGAAUGCAAUGAGAUAGCAGAAACAAGUCAAGAAGAGGAGACUCUUACUGGCAAACUUCCACUCAAAGAAACAUCUGCAGGUCGUAGACGGACCAUAUCUAAUGCCAAAAAAGUUCUCCCACAUUCACUGAAGACAGAUGAUUCCACUCAGGUAGCUGCACCAAAGGGAAAUGCAAAUGAGAAAAAAAUAUCAACAGUAUAUGUAACAGUAGGGAAAACUCGAAGGACUUCUUUACCUGGCCUAGGCCCUGAAGGAUGUUCUGAUGGAAGAGUUCAAGCUGCCCUUAAACGCUUAGGAAGCCUACAGAAAAUCAUGUUAAAUCCUAAGGAAGAGUUAAAACAGAGGCCUCAUACAGAAACCAUCUCUAAGCCACCUAGAAGGUCUCUAAUCCUAGAGAAAACUUUUAAAAGAAACAGCCUGGAGGUACCAACCUUAGCUGCAGAAAGUUGGAGGAAGUCCAACUUGAAUUCGAAAUCCUCCCGUUUAUCUCCUAAUGUCACGUCUGUUAUUGCCAAAUUACAGGAAGCUUCCAGUGGUAAUUCAGGGAAGAAAUCUCUUGGUCCCUCUGCAUCUAUCUUACGGAAAAAUAUAACCAGAACCGAUGCUAUGGUUGAAGAACCCAGGGAGGAGGAAAACAAGUUAGAACAGAGUCCUGAGAAAGCCAGUAGAGCUCCUCAAGAAUCCAUGCAAAAUGAAAACGUGAAUGAAAGAGACACUGAAAAUAUCAGACAGACUUGCAAAGAAAGGGUGGAGGGCAAAGUGGAUCAAGAGAAACAGGAAGAGAGGAACUAUGAAAAUGUAGAAUUUACUAAAACUAGCAAUGAGCCUAGUCUAAUUUAUGAAGCAGUUAGCUACUGCAGAGAAACUGGCAACACUCCACCUAAAAUGGACUCACUCCACCUAAAACUGACUCACACAAAUGACAUCUUCUGCAGAUGAAAGGAGCAAUUGUUAUUAAAAACUGUAAGAAAAGAUCUCUCCUUCUGUCAUAUAAAACAGAAACAUUCAGUGCAUUGCACUUAACAUCUACAUAAAUGCAAAGCUGGCAGGUUGUGGACUUUUGAAAUGCUGUCAGUAUCUGUCACCCAAAAUAUAAUGAGGGAAGUCAUCAGCUUUCUUGCUCUUCACCAAGGGUAACAACUUCCUGAAAACUGUGAAUAUCCCUGACUCUUUGUUAAGGACCAAGGGCUGGAAAAGUCAGUGGCUUAAACAGGAUGCAGAUCACAUGAAAUAAAACUAUUUGCUGAAAACAGGAGAUUCAAUGACAGAAUAUAUCUGAUGUCUCAAUAACAUGGCCUCUGCUGGCCUCAAGGGUAUCGUACUGAUUUAAAAAAAAGGCUUGUUUACUCUCAAGGGAAAAACAGAGUAGGAUUUAUUCAAUAUGUGGCCCUCAUGGUUUCUAAAGUUUAAUGUAAUUUGUACAUCUGCAUACUUCUUGUAAUUUUUAAAAAUUUGUUAUUACCUAACUGUCUUCUUUCUGGCCAGACAAAUUAUGUUUAUUCAUUCUUUACAUACGUCAUCCCACUGACAGUGCAACUAUUUUUAGUGAAACAGAUAUCUUAAGGACUUUGUGCCUUUGGGGUGUAUAACACCAGAAGUUAGCAGGCACAUUCUGUAUUUGAGGAAGAUUACUCUCAUUGAAUUAAACUUUUAUAUGAACAUUACUGGAUAUGUACAAACAUAUUAGCUGUUGCUUUAUGAGAUGGACUCUGGCAGCUGUUACUUUCUGAAUGAUGGAAACCUGUACAUAUGUAGUGUGGGAUAAUAUCUGUGUUUCUUUUCCAUAGAGAAAACACAAUAAAGUUUAACUUGUUUACAACAAAGAAAUAUUCCUGAAAAUUAGAAUUUAUGUUUCCUGGGUAGGUAU